CGUGUGAAGAAGCUUCUCUUUUCUCCGUAGCCAUAGCAAAUCGAAUCUUCGUCCUUCAAACACAGAAACCUUCGCUCUCGGCAACCACUCUCGCUCUCUCUCUCUCUCUCUCUCUCUCGGCUACCUUUGUUCCUCGGUGACGUCCUUCUCUCUCUUCGAAACUUCUCUUUCUUCGACGCCAUCCGCUGAGUGCGAUUUCUGGGCAAGCCGGAAGUCUUUUUGCUUCUUCAACGAUUUCAGCCUCCAUCUCUCUCAAUCCGGUCUACGUGAAUUAUUUUACUACAUUUUUUUUGGGUUAAAAUAGUGCGUAUUUUGAGGAUUCACGUUCUUAAUUUGCAAAAGUCGGAUUUUAGGGUUAAAGAUUAAUGCUUGAGGCGAAUGGUCUUAACUGGUUGAUGAAGGAUAUUUUCUGGGUUUCUAUGCUGCCAUAAUGAGCCAUCAUAGGGAGGAAACCGGCAAUGAAGGCGGUGGAAAAUUCCAUACCGUGCAGGCAAGUCGUGAUUUAGAGGCUAAUUGGGAAGUUGAUUUAGCCAAUAAACUCGAAGACUACCUCUUGAAAAUAUUUUCCGGUGAAAUAAUUGCAAACGGGGAAGAGUGUCAAAUUCGAGUUAAUUUUGCCGAAGCUGCUUUGCUGCUUCAGGGUUCCGUUCAAGUGUAUAGCCGGAAGGUCGAGUAUCUCUAUAACUUGGUUUUGCAUACUUUGGAGUUCCUUUCUCAGCAGAGGAAGGAAGAUCAGUUAGAUGGCACAUUAGCUCAGCCUAAAGAAAGCUGUCCUGAUGCAGUUUCAGAUGAAGAAAAUGAUCUAUUCUGGAGUGUAGAUGAUGUGCAAGUGGAUGCAAAGAAUCGCUUAGAUAGUUCAAGUAGCAAAGAUGCUUAUUUUAAUAACUUUGUGAAGCCCCCAGCAAAUCUAGUUGUUCUUGAAGGAGAUUGCUUAGAUCCUACUGGAGAUGGUGGGGAAUUAGAGUCCUAUCUGUUAGCUACUAGUGAUCUCUACCGGGAUUUUAUCCUAUUGGAUCCAUGUGAUGCUGUAGCAGUUAAUGAGUUUUUGGGUAAUGAUGAAACUGCUACGGGGAAAACUGAUGCUUACAGGGAGAGCUCAAUUCGCAAGAGUUUUCAGUCUCCUACAAGACGAUCUGCAGGAACUGCAAAUAAGUCAGCUUCUCGAAAGAAUCAAGAUGCUAAUUCCAAUCUAUCUUCUACCCAUAACUGUGGUUUUAAUGUUAAUAGUUCUAGUAAGGGGCCUAAUCCUCAUAAAUUCGAUAACCUUGAAGACAACGAGCAAGUAUUUGAUAUGGACGACGGAAGCUCAGAACCUAUGAAUAUGAAUGAUUCUGGUUCUGAUGAUAAUGAUGAUCCAUGGAAGCCUUUGAAUCCCCAUGAACCUGGGAAUUUGAGAGUGAAGCCUUUUAGAGAAGUUAAAGCUUCCAGAAGGAGUGGAACAAAUUCUAUGAACAGGAUCUCUAUAACUACACUCUUUCCACUUGCUAGAAUGCGUGGCACUGUCAGUCCUGAACUUAAUGGAAUAUGGGAAAUGCAUCGUGAUGCACUUCAUAGAGAAAGAAAAUCUGAGGAUCCUCCAUUGUACGAAAAGCUUAGACAGUCACUCGUAGAUGGUGAAUGUCAAACUUUUGAUGGCUUUGGUAAUCCUGAUGUUGAAAAUGAGGAUAAUGGAUAUGAUGAUGACAUGCCUGAUUUUGUGCAACCAGAUGGUGAUAUGCCGGAGAAUAUGUACAUGAAUGAAGAUGUACUUCAUUUUGAAAAGAACAAUGACAGUACCGCUCACUUUGAUGCUAAUGGAGCAUUUCAAGAUGGAGGUCCAAAUUCUCAAGCAAGCCUUGAAGAGCUUUGUCGUUCACAUCUGGAUGCUCUCCUUGCUAGCAUAGCUGAAACUGAGAAGCAGACUGAGCUGGCUGUCCUGGUUUCAUCUUGGAAACAGAAAAUUGAGCAGGACCUGAAAGAGCAAGAUUCACGCUCUCCAUUUGAUAUUCAUGAAUAUUGCACAAGGAUUCUUGACAAACUCUCUCUGGAAGGAGACAGCGGAAACAUCACUUCUUUUGCUGAUGUCGUGAAGGGCCAACAGAAACAUGAUGUGGCUCGAAGUUUUUCAGCACUUCUUCAGUUGGUGAAUAAUGGAGAUGUGGAUUUGGAUAAGGGUGGAGCUGUAAAUGGUUCUGUCUGCUAUGCAGCAACGAAUCCUUUCCAUAUUCGGCUACUUAACUCUGGCAGGACAAAAGAGACGAGACAAAUUCGAUUGUCAAGAAAGAGAGUUAAAUCUCCAAUCAGAACCAAAGGGGACAGAGAGAAAUCUACAAGGAAGCCAACAUCUCCAAAUGCAAAACUUUCUCCGGGAUGCAGAUCAAAUUUGUUGUCGUCACAACAACCUAGCAAAUUUCCCAGGAAGCCCGGAAAGCAGGGUGGCUUGAGGUGUACGCCUGAAAGCAAGAGGAGGCGAAGGUCUCGGUUUGUUGAAUCAAUUGACUUGCAUUCUGCAGGAUAUUCUUAAAAUCAAUUUGUUCUCUGCAGCGCAAACAUAUCGAAAAUAGCAAGAUUAUCCAUUGUAUUUCUAGUCUGUAGAUUAAUUGAAAACAAUCAGCUCUCCUUUGUAACACUUCAUUCUAAGCUAUUCCUCAUAUAAAUUAACCAGAUCCCCUGUAAUAGCACUCUAUCCCAAAUUCAAGAUUAGUCUGAUGAUGUGUAUAAUAACAUCACUUGCCUUUAAUAA